AAGAAAAUGGCUCUUUCCUUUGCAAGGACUGUGAUGCUUAAAAGGCAUAUCUUGCUGGAUCUAUCAAAGCACUGAUGCUAAAGAAAAGAAUUGUCGUCUAUCACCCUAAAAUAGAAGCCGUCCAGGAGUUUACCAGGACUCUGCCUGCCCUGGUGUGGCAUCGACAGGACUGGACCAUUCUUCACUCCUGUGUGCACCUCAGCGCAGAUGAGCUGGAAGCCCUGCAGAUGUGCACAGGUUACGUCGCUGGGUUUGUAGACUUGGAGGUAAGCAACAGACCAGACCUCUACGAUGUGUUUGUGAAUCUGGCGGAUAGUGAAAUUACCAUUGCUCCACUUGCAAAAGAGGCCAUGACAAUGGGCAAAUUGCACAAAGAAAUCGGUCAGCUAAUUGUUCAGUCUGGAGAAGAUCCGGAGAAAUCAGACAACCAGGUUAUACAGGAUAUUGCCCUAAAAACCAGAGAAAUCUUAGCCAACCUAGCACUGUUUUCAGAAGUUUCGGAAGAUGGAGAAAAGCGAGUCCUCAAUUUGGAGGCACUAAAGCAGAAACGAUUUCCACCAGCAACAGAAAACUUCCUUUAUCAUCUAGCAGUAGCCAAACAGAUGCUGAAAAUCUGACUCUGCCAGAAUGUGUUCCUGACGACUGAUAGAAAACCCUUUCACUCUGUCCAUUAACUAUGUAAAAUACUGAAAGUAACAGAGAAACGUUAUAUUUUUAAUGAUUUGACCUUAAAAACAUUGAAGCACAUGAAAACGCUUCCUCUGAUUUUCUCCUAGCUGAUACAGUUUCCUGCCCACUGUUGGUGUUGGACAAAAUGCUGUAACUACUAUAUAUAACAUUACAAAAUGGCCCAGUGUCCUGGAAUAAGAAAAAAAGCUGCGAAGUUCUUGUGCAAAUCACCAUGAAUGAGAA